AUCCAUCGGAAAAAAAUUUGCAAACAAAAUAAUAAAUAUUUUACCAAACCUUUUAUAUUAAAUAAAAGAUAUUUAAUAAAAAUAUAUUCAAGUAUUAAUUACUCAAAAUAAUUGUCUACAUUAUUUAAUGGAUAGAACGCUAUCAACGUUAUAAAAAUGAAUCAAGGAGGUGUUAAUUCAUCAAUACAAAUAAAGAACCUAAAAAACGCUUUUAGUUUUCAUGUUAAAUGUGGUGAAAUAUAUUACUUGCAACCAGUAAAUGAAGUUUUGAUAAUUUGCAAUAUAUGCAAUAAUGAGAAUUUUGAUAAAUAUGAGAGUUUCCUGCAACAUUUUAGUAUUUGUUAUAAGAAAACUCAUAAAGACAUCAACGUUGAUGAUUUUAUGAAUGGAGGUUCCCAGUUGGACGCAUUCAAGAAAGAGAAAUUAGAUUAUCAUAAUAUAGACAUAGCUCCACUACAGUUAUCCGAAAGUGAUGAUGACGAUGACGACGAUGAUGAUGACGAUGAUGACGACGAAAAUGAAGACAAAGAAAAGAAUAAGAAUGGUGAAAAGACAAUACCUACAAUUGAAAUUGAUGAUUCUGAAUCGUCUGAUUCAGAUGAUUCUUCUGAAGAUAGUGUAAAACAAAAAUUGGCAAUUGAACAAACAGUCAAUGCAAUCAGAGAGAAUCUAAAAGAUAAUACAAACAAAAACUCGGUUUGUAAAAAGAUCGUGGAUUUUAAUGUUAUUAAAAAUAUGCAAAGCACAAUCCAACAACAAACUGCACCACCAAAAGAUUCUACGAAAAAUGAAUUGCCUGCAAAAACGGUAAGCUUACCUCAGCCUUCAGAUAGCCAGGUGGAGCCGGAAAAAAUCAGUCAGAAAAUAUUAGAAAGGCAAACCACGUCAAAAAGUACAUCAGAAAUACCCAAACAACUAGAAGAAAUACCAGAAACUUCUGCGAAAGUUUCUGAACAUAGAGUAUCUCAAUUAGAUAUAGUAUCACAAUUAAAUCCAGCUGCUUCUUUUCAGCUGCUUGGAAUCUUGCCUCAAAUUGCAGCUCUUGGAGAGUAUAAAAUACCACUUUUAUCAAACUAUCCCAAUGUUAAAAAACCCAUCAACCCAAAAUAUGUCAAAUCAAAACAAAGACCACACGAAUGUCCUGAAUGUGGAAAAUGCUUUGCACAACGUAUAAAUUUAGUAACGCAUUUUCGUACCCAUACUGGUGAAAAACCUUAUAAAUGCAAUAUGUGUGAUAAUGCUUACCCGCAAAAAAGUAAUUUGGACGCACAUAUGCUAAAACAUACUGGAAUAAGACCAUACGGAUGUGAGGAUUGUGGAAAACGUUUUUUUCAGUUAUCUCAUCUUUUAGCCCAUGAAAGAACGCAUUCGGGCGAAAGACCUUUUAAAUGCACGGAGUGUGAUAGGUGUUUUUCACAAUCAAGUCAUUUAACAAUGCAUUGCCGAAAUACCCACAGUAAUGAGCAUUUAUAUCAAUGUCAUAUAUGUUCAGCAUAUUUUACAAAUCAAACUACAUUAAAUGCGCAUCAACUGACACAUUUAAACGAAACAUUAUUAAAACUUGGUAACAACAGUGAUAUUAGCGGCGGAACUGUUUCGAAUUUAGUACCUAGUAUAAAACAAUACAUAAAUAAUGAACAAAAUUAUUUAAUUAAUAAUCUUAACGCAGAAAAUAAUAAAACAUCUAACGAAAUAAAUAUAGGAAAUAAAAAUAAUGGUAUAUUAAUUCAACCACAACAACAGGAACAACCACAAAAACAACAACAACAACAUCAACAGCAACAAAAUCAAUCCCAAACAAAUAUUAAUACAGAAACUUUAUUAAAACAGGAAUUGCAACAAACGCAAACAAAUUUUAAAGUUUCACCAAACAAAGAUAAUUCAGAUGAUCAAGCGAAACGUUUUGAAUGUGAAUAUUGUCAUAAGAAAUUUUAUCAAUCAAAUCAUUUAGCAAUGCAUCAACGAUCCCAUUCUGGUCAUAAAUUAAAAUCUGAAUCCCCAACAAAAUUAAAAUUUAAAUUCAAACAGAAUGCAUUAGGUUUAAAAAGAAGACACGAAUGUGAUGAUUGUGGUAAAAAAUUUGCUCUUGUCACGGAACUGAAAGUGCAUCAAAAAAAGAAACACUAAAAAGGGGGAAAAAAAUUAAAUAAUAGAAUCAAAUUAAAAAUUACAAAUUUGACAAAAGAAAAAUAGUAAUGAUCAAGUACGUUCCUAGACAUAGAAUAGUGGAUUAAGUUGAAGAUAAAAAUUUUAAAUCGGUCUUAAAGUAAUUAAAUUUUUUAAUUUUAUAAUUUCUUUAAAAUAUAUAUUAAAAUUCUGUAUCCUUUAAACAAAACAAAAAGAAAAAAAGGAUCUCAGUUUAAUUAAUUGAUUUUGA